AUGCCUUCCAUCAAUGGAGUUGCUGUUCCUGUUCGCAUCCAAACAAAGAAAAGAAGGGAGAGACUUGAAAUCGAGUCGUCGGAAUUAGCCCGCGUCCCUCGAAAGUCACAGAUCCCCCAGAAAGAGAAAGCCCACCAUCCACCUCAGGGAAUGGAGGGCUGCAUCCACAGCUCCACUGCACAUGGUCCAAGCACCAAGGGAGUUUCCCGCCACCAUGUAGCUGGCUCUCCCGUGAAGAAGAACGGAGAGAUAACCCAUGCAGACCGCCGAUUCCGUGCCGAGGAUGAGUACCCUGCCCACUUCACUCUGCCAGAAAUCGAAAUCGACAUCGGCUCGUGGAUGUGUCUUGCAUGUCCUACUUCAACCAGCAAAUGCAAGGACUGCAAACAAUACGAAGGUCACGAAGACUCCCUGAUCAUCGCUAUUCAUGGAGAAUGCAUCACCGGAAAGUUUGGAAAACUUUCGGCAAUCGGAGUGUUCUACGGCCGUGGCAACGCCGGCAACAUCUCCUGGCCCAUUCCAGGCAAAGAUGACCACAGCCACACGACCCAAAUCGCCGAGUUGACUGCCUGCCUGCGUGCGUUGCGCAAUGCAACCUCCAUCAUCGACAAGCGCCGUAACAUGAUGCGCAAGGGCAAGGUCCUCAUGCCGUUGAACUUAUUCAUAAUCAAAACAGAAUCUGAGUACCUCGUUCGCAGCUUGACAGAGUGGCUCCCCAAGUGGAAGAACAAUGGAUGGAAGACCUGCAAGGGCGUUCCGGUUGCUAAUGCUGAAAUUUUUAAGCUGGUAGAGGCUGGUAUCAUGAUGGUUGAGAUGGUCGUCCAGGUUAAGUUCUGGCUCGUGCCCAAGGAGAACAACAUGGAGGCUACUUGCCUGGCAAAGAUGGCUUUCACGGCGUGA